CCUCACGGGCUGCGAGUUGUAAGAAUUGUCAAAGCACUGCCAACUUGUGCUGCCGACAGUGCCGACCAAAGUCAAACGUUCAUCAAAAAAUAUUUGUAAUGUUGAAGGGGGAAUGAAUUUUAUGGAGCAUAAUAAAUGUACGGUGUAUUUAAAUUAAAUCAUAAAAAUAAAUUGGAUAAGUGCAGUCAGUAAUUCUCGUACCUCUUCAAAUUAUUUAAUUUAGACGUGAGCUGUUGCGACUAGUACUACCAGCUAUCGUCAACGACUACCGCAUUCAGAGAUUUGUUUUUCUAUCCUUAUGAUUUCUUAUCAUGAUGAUAAUCACAGUUUUUGGACAGUGUAUGUGUAUUUGAAUUCCGGAUAAUACUUCAAGAAAUGUAACUACAGCAAUGUUUGUGACAACAAGAAUAACAUGGUUUAUGUUUUCCAUUUGGUUUUCUACAGUUCUAGCUGCCAGAAGGUGUGAAUUUGAUACAGAAGGGCAAUGCUCAGAAACAGAAAGCUGCAAUGAAGCCACAAAUACUUGCCAGUGCUUGCCAGGAUAUGAGCGCAAGAAUGACACCUAUUGUGUACCAUUUAGUCCAGAGUCAGAUUCCACACCAAAUUACUCCAGUCUAGUGGAUAACCAAGGCAGUGGAUCUAUUGUGGCGGGAAUACUCACUCCACUUUGUCUUAUUAUCAUGGUGAUGUGUGGCAUCUAUGUUACUAGGAGGUACCACCUCAUUGCCUGGUUGCGAACUAAAUUUAGCCGUAGAAAUGAAAAUUAUGAUGAAUUUAUGAUAGGACAAGAUUUGGAUGAUGAUGAUCCACCACUGCAUUAGUUAUAUAUCUAGGUACUUUUGAGUCAUUGAGGUCAUUUAAUCACAAAGGUUAGCUGAAGGUUUACAUCACAUAAAAACUAUGGUGAUAUUCAAUAUAGAACAAGUAGAUGUUAGAUUGAGAAACACCUAUUUUUCAAGUAGUAUUUUUUUUCCAAUGAAUUUAACAUAUCAAUUUCUGCUUACUGGUAUAUUAAAAAAAUACAUUUGUUUUUAUGGAGCAGAGUACUUUGUGGUUCAAAGACCUUAUGUAGAACUGAUUAUGAUACAAUCACUAUUUUAAUAUUCAUCCCACAAUGGGUGAUAUUCGGUACUGAAUGUAGGUGGAGAUUUUAACUAUCGUCUGGUGUAAAGCAAUUUAUAUUACGUGAUACUAUAGAUUACUUUUUUAGUUACUCAGAAUUUUAACAGAUGAUUAUUAUUUAUCUUAUGAAGGUGAGAAGUCAUAAAUAAAACUUAUUAUUAAAUUGAUAUGUCUAUUACUACUUUUAGAUUAGAUCUGCUCUUUUUAUGGCCAGUAAAUAUCAUGUGUACUGAAGAAUACAGAAUUGUAAUACGUUAGCACAUUUGUAAAUUCAGAUUCAAUAUGCUCAAUUUGUUGUUGAUAGUUAUAAACAUAAAAUACACCUAGGUCUGAUUUAAUAAUGCUUACUAAGAUUUUCAAUGUGUUGUAACUGCAAUAGAGUACUAACAGUUGAUUGAUUUCCAUUGUCAGAAUAUACUUUCAAUCAUCCAAGUAGUGAGUGGAAUUAUCUUAUUUUAAAGGAAGUUCAUAAAGAUAUUUUUAGGGAUUAUAGUUUCGCAAACAAAAAAUUAAUCAGAAUUAUAUCAGGCGUGUUUAAUGCCUUUAAGGAAGUCACUUAUAUAAAUUUUGUAUAGCAAGUCUUCAAUUAUAUCAUCAGACAUAGGGAAUAUAUAUGACCACAAGUUGUUUUUCAUUGGAUAUAGAUUUUUCCUACUGAAUGGAUGUUUCUUCGUCAUUAUUUUGCAAUUCAGAAACUCUAUAAUCAUUUAUGCAGAAACAUAUUACAAAAGCCUCCAAACACGCCCAAUUCACUUUUUGUCCUCAGAUAUCAAACAUGAAUUACUCAAAUUUAAUGAAACAUGAAGAAAGACUUGAGGUUUGUUCGAAUAGUCAAGCCUUGAAUAUCGGAUAUCUGGAGCUUUCACUUUGCCAUAACUGUCAGGGGGCUCAAAGCACGCUAAAUCACUGCUAUUACUCUAUUGUAUAUUCUAAGUAUUUUUUACUCCUUCAGGAUCUCACAGACAGUGAUAUAUGCUUUGCUUUUAUUAGUCAACAAACUGAUAUAAUAUAGACCAAAUAAAUAUUACUUUAAACCCUAUACCUUUCAUAAACUCUAUUGCAUAGUUAAUGUAUCUAUAAACGGUAUAUAAUUUACCUGUGAUUUAAGAUUCCCGAAGUAUGCACUCUGUGUAUGUUUUGCGGAAGCGAUUGAAGUCUGAGUAAAAGUAAACGUGUAGCUACUUCAUUGUUGAGCAAAUGAUGAUGUAGCGUUUUAUUAAAGACAUUUUGGUUAAGUUAGAUGAUUUGUUAGAAGACAUCCUUGUAUCAGUGUAUAUCUUGUGUCUGUAGACUAAAUGAGCAUACAUUAUAGGACUGUAUACCAAAGGGAUUUUUACUGUUUUAAAUAAAGCAUAAUUUAUUGUCA